AUGUCGAUGUGGAUGUCGGACAGCCAAAAAAUUGGAGUUGUCUUCUGCUCUGGCGGAGGCUUCUUCCUCAUCGGAGGUGUGAUGCUAUUCUUUGAUAGAGCCAUGCUUGCCAUGGGAAAUAUCCUUUUCCUCAUCGGCUUGACAAUCAUCAUCGGACCUCAAAAGACACUCCUCUUCUUUGCUCGAAAGCAAAAGGCCAAGGGCACCGCCGCCUUCUUCCUCGGCUUAAUCCUCAUUCUCAUGAAAUGGACCUUUAUCGGCUUCCUCGUCGAGGCGUAUGGAAUAGUGAUCCUAUUUGGAGACUUCCUCGGUACGAUUGCUAGCUUCGCGCGUGGGCUACCCGUUGUAGGGCCCUAUAUCGGAAUGCUCGUCGACAGGAUUGGUCUUGGUCGACGCAACGCCGAGCUUCCUGUCUAG